ACAGUCUCUCUCUCUCUCUGCACAUAUAUUUACAAUACGAUAUUCACAAUAUAAAGUGUUUCAAUUUCCCUCAUUUUAUUUUUAAUUCCUUGUAAAGUAAGUAAAAUUUUGAUGCUAUGAAUAUCAUUCUACUCAUUAGUAUUUGUUAGUAUAUAAACGAUUUGUUCUAUAUUGAUUUUGAUACGGACGUUGUUUGAAUUUGUUCGGUUGGUGACAAUGGUAGAAGCUUUGUUUGUGGUUGAUGAGCUUUCGAUCUCACUGUGUUUCUAAUUCUCGGAUCUGAUAUGUUUCAGUCCUUCAAGCCUCUGCCAAUGUUCAUCUUUUUCCCUCUUCUCUGAAUCCUCAUCUUCUUCUUGUCUGUGUCGGUGGUUUGAGCUUCAAGCGCACCAAUUUCACUCAGGUGUUUAGUGAUUGAAUUUGUAUCACCCUGCUCAUUUGGGGUGUAUUGUGAGGUGUCUUGUAUUUACUGUAAAGUACUGUAAGGGCCUUUUACAGAGGCGGAGGGCUGAGGCCUGGAGUAGAAAAAGAGAGUUGCGGAGUUGUUCUUGUAAUCCUUCUUGCCUAUAGUGAAUUUUGUUUGUUCUCUGCCGUGGACGUAGGCGUGCUUGUUCUUUUUGUUAUUGUUUAUUUUGUGAUUGAAACCACGUUCUUGCAUAACAGGGUGGUACAAGUUUUACUGUAAUUAUGGUUAUGGGACAGAAGACAAAAAACAGGAAAAGUCCUUCUGUUCAGCAAGAUUAUCUGAUUCAUGUUCAUGAGGUUAAACCUUGGCCCCCAUCUCAGUCACUGAGAACCCUUCGUUCCGUUCUCAUUCAAUGGGAACAUGGUGGUAGGAAUUCUGGGUCUACUAACCCAGUUGUCCCUUUGCUUGGGUCUGGUGUUGGCGAUGGAAAAAUUGAAUUUAAUGAGUCUUUUAGGCUUCCCGUGACACUAUUAAGGCAAAUGUCUACUAAAAGUGGGGAUGGUGAUACUUUUCAGAAGAAUUGUUUAGAGUUGAAUUUGUAUGAACCUCGGAGGGAUAAGACGGUGAGAGGUCAAUUGUUGGGAACUGCCAUUAUAGACCUGGCAGACUAUGGUGUCGUUAAAGAGAUUGUGAGUGUAAGUGUUCCAAUUCAUUCCAAGAGGAUCUUUAACAACGCAGCACAACCGUUUCUGUUUAUUAAAAUUCAGUCUGUUGAAAAAGGGCGCACCAGCUUCUCAUCCAGAGACAACCUAUCUAAAGAUGCAUGCAUGGAGAGAAAUGGUAGCGAGUCUGCUUCUGUCUUGGUGAACGAAGAACAUGCUGAGGAAGCUGAGAUUGCAUCAGUUACUGAUGAUGAUGUUUCCUCCCACUCAUCUCUGGCUGUUUCUUCUUCAGCUUUUGAGACUAAUGGGGGUUUGUCCCCAAACAGUGAAGAGAACCGCUCACAGACAGUUAAGGAUAGCCCUGGAGAGGCUUACAACCAACAUCACUUAACUUCAAAGCAGGGACUUGAAAAAUUAGAUAUGAAGUCUGUGGAUGAACCGUGGGAAAUCUUGAAGGUUAGUUCAUCUUGCUCAUUAUCAACAGACUUAUCUUCUAAUAGGGGCAGCCUAGAAAAUGGUCAGGCUACAUUAUCCAAUUUUCCCGAGACAAGCUUGACAUCAGUGGCAAAGAAAAUUGGUGCUCGUAGUGUUGAAUCUUCAUCCUCAUCUAUAACUUAUGAAGGUGCAAAGGAAGAUGUAAACACAAACAUUCGAAGCAAAGAUUGUGACAGUUUGAUUCAGGAGGUUGAUGAGAAGAAGGUUGCUAAUGAUGGAAGUGAAAUUAGCGGUAAUGCUUGGCAUUCUGUAGAAGAUGAACCGUGGAAUAGAUUUUCACAAGAUGAUACCAUGAAGCAAGUCUCAGCGGGAAGUGAUGUGCUAUCUUACAAUGAGGACAAUCUUGGAGUAAAUGGUAAUAUCCUAAACAGUGAUAGGUUGAAGUAUGUGAAGUCUGUCCGAUCACUUGUGGAAUCAGGUAGGAGCAAUGGAUCUGUUAGGAGUAGCACGUUGGGAGAUGCUCAGAAUGGUCCUCUACGCUUUGUUAGCAAUGAAAGAAAUGACACCAAACUUUAUCCAAAGGAGACAAAAAACAUCACUUCUAAUGGUAGAAUCCAACAACUGGAACAUAGAAUAAAGAUGCUUGAAGGAGAGUUGAGAGAGGCUGCUGCGAUUGAGAUUAGCCUUUACUCAGUUGUUGCAGAACAUGGAAGUUCCACAAAUAAGGUCCAUGCUCCGGCUCGCCGCCUAUCUAGGCUCUAUCUUCAUGCUUGCAAAGAGAGUUCCCAAUCAAGGAGAGCAAGUGUGGCUAGAAGUGCUGCCUCCGGAUUAGUUUUGGUCGCAAAAGCAUGUGGAAAUGAUGUUCCAAGGUUGACUUUUUGGUUAUCAAAUUUGGUUGUACUGAGAGCUAUCAUAAGCAGAGCUCAAUUACCACAUUCUGCUAGACCUUGUAUUGAGAGGACUGGUAGCAGGAAGGGAAACCAGAAGCAAUUUUCUCUACUAAAAUGGACAGAGUUCUCUUUGAGCAAGGAGAAGAAAUGUGCUUUAUUUGCAAGUUAUGAUGACUGGGAGGACCCUCCUACAUUUGCGUCAGCAUUGGAAAAGAUCGAAGCUUGGAUCUUCUCAAGAAUCAUUGAAUCUGUCUGGUGGCAGACUUUAACACCACAUAUGCAAACUGCUGCUGCCAAGGCAAUAAGUUCAGGUAUGGCUUCCAAAGCAAGUAAAACCUAUCGAAGGACAUCUAGUUCAGGUGAUCAAGAGAGGGUAAACUUUUCAUUAGAGCUCUGGAAGAAGGCUUUCAAGGAUGCGUGUGAACGCCUUUGUCCUGUUCGAGCUGGAGGGCACGAGUGUGGUUGCUUACCCGUGCUGGCUAGAUUGAUAAUGGAGCAAUGUGUGGCUAGAUUGGACGUGGCAAUGUUGAAUGCUAUUCUUCGUGAAUCUGAUGACGAAAUUCCAACCGAUCCUGUAUCUGAUGCCAUUAGCGAUGCCAAGGUUCUUCCUAUUCCAGCAGGGAAAGCAAGCUUUGGGGCUGGUGCACAACUCAAAAAUGUGAUUGGGACCUGGUCUAGAUGGCUUACCGAUCUAUUUGGUCUUGACGAUGAUGACUCACUUGAUGACAAGAAUGACUGUGAUAAUGAUGAUGAUGGCACAAGAAAAGACCACGAUACAUCGUUCAAGUCUUUCCAUCUUCUGAAUGCACUGAGUGACCUCAUGAUGCUUCCAAAGGACAUGCUCUUAAGCCAGUCAACCAGAAAAGAGGUAUGCCCCAUAUUUGGUCCGCCGCUGAUCAAGAGGGUUGUUAACAAUUUCAUCCCAGAUGAAUUUUGCCCGGACCCAAUUCCUAAGGUUGUCCUUGAAGCUCUGGAUUCUGAGGAUCCUCUUGAGGCCGAGGUAGGUUUGAUCACAAACUUCCCGUGCAGUGCAGCUCCAAUAGUCUACUUGCCACCUCCAGUAUCUUCUGUUGCUGCUAUUAUAGGAGACAUUGGCAGUCAAUCUCGGCUGACAAGAAGCAGGUCCUCAGUGCUCAAGAAAUCAUACACUAGUGAUGACGAGCUUGAUGAAUUGGAUUCACCCUUAACUGCCAUUGUCGAGACCUUCCAGGCUUCACCUACUCCGACAAAACCCAGCUGGAUAUCAAAGGAAAAAGGAAGUCAAAAUGCUGUCAGGUAUCAGCUUCUUCGGGAGGUAUGGAUGAACAGCGAGUAAGAGUAAUAGAUUUGACAGAUUCAAAGCAUCCUAUAAUUUUGAAGAAUAGACAGUCUCUGGGAUUUUUGCUUGAUAUCAAAAGUAAAUGGCAGUUGCAAUGUUGUCUACACAUAGACCCCUUUUAGUUGGCACUGACAAAUAACAAGAAGUGUGUAUGUAUAUACGAGUAUACAUAAUCUUUUUCUUUUUAGUGUGUGCGCAUGGAAAGCUGUAAUUGUGCCUUGUUAUUGAUGUUCCAGUAUAGGACUUUUCUUAAGUGUGUAACUUACGCCUUACACUUAUGCCUUUUUAUUUGCUGCCCUGUUUUAUGUUUA